CCACGUCGCUGUCUCUUCAUGUCCCUCACGCUACCGCCACCCACGCGGUGGCAGCCAACGCUGCACGCGACACAGGCGCCCGCGCCGCCGCCCGUCGAUGCUCGGAUAGAGGAUGAGGCGGCAGCCACUGCGGCGGCCCAGGCGGCCGGCUACGAGGGCCGGCGCAUCAGGCGCUUCAUGCAGCGCAGGACCGUCGACUACCACCCGGGCAUGGUGCGCUGGGGCCUGCGACGAGCAACAGCCACAUGUGUGCGCGACGACAAGUUUCUUCUCCCGAGCGCACAUCACAUCGUCGAUCUCCUGCCGCCAGCCGCAUACGCAGAAUCCAGCCAGGCCGUGACGACGAAUCUGGUGCACACGAGCACCAACAAGAUUCGCUGUCCCGUCAACGUCUGUCAAUGGACUCCCGAGGGACGCCGCCUGCUGACCGGCUCUCAAUCGGGCGAGUUCACCCUCUGGAACGGCCUCACGUUCAACUUCGAGACGAUCCUCCAAGCACAUGACCAUCCGAUCCGCGCAUUGCUCUACAGCAAGUCCGGCACGUGGAUCCUCAGUGCCGAUCAGGGCGGCGUCGUCAAGUACUUCCAGAACAACAUGAACAACAUUCAUGCCAUCCCUGCGCACCGAGAGGCGGUGAGAGGCCUCAGCUUCAGUCCGGACGACUCGAGAUUCGUCACAGCAAGCGACGACUCGAGUCUCAAGAUCUUUGCGUUUGAUGAGGCGAGGGAGGAGAAGACGCUCAAGGGGCACGGAUGGGACGCGAAGUGCGUCGCAUGGCAUCCCUACAAGGGCCUCAUCGUCUCGGGCUCCAAGGACAACCUGCUCAAAUUCUGGGAUCCGCGCUCUGGCGGCAAUCUGGCGACGUUUCACGGUCACAAGAACACGGUGCAGGCGGUCAAGUGGAGCCUGGAUGGCCAUCUCGUGGCGUCGGCGUCGACGGACCAGACCAUCAAGCUGUACGACAUUCGCAGCAUGGCCGAGUUGUACACGCUCAAGGGGCACCAGAAGGAGGCAUGCUCGCUCGACUGGCAUCCUUCACAUCCCGACCUUCUCGUCUCAGGCGGCGGCGAAGGCUCGAUGCAUUUCUGGUCGCUCAAAGCCUCCGAUCCAACCGUGCCAGUCCACUCGAUGGAAACAGCACACGACUCCAACAUCUGGAGCAUGGCGUGGCAUCCCCUCGGCCACGUUCUCGCCUCAGGCUCCAACGAUCACACAACGCGCUUCUGGGAGCGCGCACGGCCGGAGGAUGGCAGGCGAGAGGAAGGGGACAGUGCGGGCCUGGAGAAGGCGGCGAGAUGGAAGAGCGCUGCCAAGGGCGGAGAGGAGUGGGACGACGACUUCAUUCCCGGCCUCAACUCGAAUCGCCGCGUGCCUCCGCCUCGCGGCGACGGCAGCGGCGUGCCUUCGCGUGCGCCCUUGCCUCCGUCACACGGCGGAGGAUUCAAUGGCGCGCCAGCAAACGGCGGCAUGGGCGGCGGCGGCGGCAGUGGCGGGCCAGGCGCAGGCUUUGCGCCUCGCAUGCCGAGCUACGGCAAUGGCAGCGGCGCCGCCACGCCCGGCUUUGGCGGCGCGGGAGCGCCUGUGCCGCUAGGCAUUCACAACCACAAUGGUCCGUCUGCGAUCAAGCAGGAAGUGCCGCCGCCGCGCUGGGACGGAGGCGCGGGCGGUGCUGCUGGAUCCGGCAGGGCGCCGUUGCCGAUAGCGCAUCAGCAGAUGGGCUUCGCAGGCGGGCCUCCGCCUCAGCAGCAGCAGUGGAACGCACCGCCGGGCUUCCAGCAGCAGCAACAGCCGCCGGGCUUCCAGCAUCAGCAGCAGCAAGGCGGCUAUGGCGGCCCACCGCCACCGCAACAGCAAGUGCAAGGACAGCAAGGCAUGCAGCAGCAGUACCCCUCGCUGGGACCGCCGCCGCCGCAGGCCAGAGGCGCGGGACCGAUGCGCCGCUGGGGCGCUGGGGGCUGAGCAAUGAGAUCAGCGUGCAAAGAGA